AUGACGCUCAAUUAUACUGAACUCAUGGCGUUGAUAUGGAGUCUUUGGGGGGCAUCAUUCAUCCUAACUGCAUCAAGAGGCUUUCUACGAUGGAAGUCUCAACGCCGAAUCUUCGCAGACGAUUACUUCGUCUUCUUUGGUUUACUCUCCUUGACUGCCCUCUCCGCGGUUAUCACAUGUUUGUUACCGCAGUUCUUUCUCGCACAAGAGUACAUGAAAGAGUUGAUAGUGGAUCCACUCACACCGAUGCCGCUGCCGCCAGACGAGUUCGUCGAGAGGACGCGUACUUCACUCAAGUUCAUGUUCAGCCAAAUGCUGUUGUUUUGGACUACUCUGUGGGCUGCCAAAUUUUCGAUCCUGUUCUUCUUUAGGCGCCUAGUCAUAGGGCUGCCCGCAUACAUGCGUGCUUGGUGGGCAUGCUUUGUGUUGGUGCUACUCCUGUACCUUGCAUCGGUUGCUUCAAAUUUCCUAACCUGUCGGCCACUAUCCAAGUACUGGAGCGCAACUGGAUGCAGCGACCCAGAUGACAUUAUCCGAGCCGAUGCUUCUAUCAAGUUUGCAACGAGCGCAGAUGUCGUUUCCGAUGCUCUUAUCAUGCUCCUCCCUUUAAACUUGUUACGCAAACUACAAGUUUCGCCCCAACAGAAGUUCGGCCUUGCCGUCAUCUUCUCGCUUGGUACAGUCAUCAUUGCUUUCGCAUUCGCGCGACUUGCGCAGGUCACAAAAGCCACUUCGAAUCCGGAUCCGGCCACGCUUGCUGAUGGACCUGUGCUACUCAGCAUGUGGAGUCACAUCGAGUCGUCCGUUUCUGUCAUAGUCGCCACGCUACCCGCGUUCAGAUACCUGCUUAAUGGGAAAAUGGGGCGAACUCGGCCAAGUCGGUCUGCACCGCCAGUGUAUGGCUCUGCAGAGCCAAGUGCAUCGGGGGCCCAAAGCAAGGCACGUCGGGUGUUCAGUGGGCAUCGAUGGAGCCAUAACACCGGUCUGAGGCUGCCGAGUAGUGAGCAAGGCAGGAAGGGAAGCAACGACUGGGGCAGUGAGACAGAGUUGAGACCCAUGGCUGGGAUCGAGAAACAAGUAGACUUCUCCAUUGAGAGGGACCUGGCUACACCACGGCAGCGUUAG